UAAAAAUUUACAUGGCCUAAAAUACAACAAGUGGACCAAUGCAAAAGUUUAAAAUAGUUUUCCUAGGUAAUUAAUCAGUUGGUAAGACAUCUAUAAUCAAUCGAUUUAUUUUUGACAAUUUUACAGGGAAUGAAUAGGUAUUUGGAAUUCAAAUAAUAAUAGCCUACUGUUGGAAUUGAUUUUAUUUCUAAAACACUAUAAGUAGAUAAUAAAUCAGUUAGACUUUAAUUAUGGGAUACUGCUGGAUAAGAAAGAUUCAGAUCUCUUAUUCCUAGUUAUAUCAGAGAUUCUUAAGCCGCCAUUAUAUGCUAUGAUAUUACAAGUAAAUACUAUUUUCUAAUUUAAGAUGAAAAAUCAUUCUAAGAUUUAUAAAGAUGGAUCGAAGAUGUCAAGGAAGAAAGAGGAGAUGAAGUUUUAAUUUAUAUUUUGGGAAACAAGACUGAUCUUGAAUCAGAAAGAUAAAUUCAAACUGAACAAGCAGAAGCAAAAGCUAAAGUAACAAUAUUUUAUUUACAGUUUAAAGGAAUUGGGAGCCUAAUUUUCAGAAGUAUCUGCUAAAAGUGCACAUAAUGUAGCAGAAUUCUUUAAAAAAUUAUCCUAUGAUUUACAAGGAAAUCCCAAUGAAUAAUUAUCAUAACAGCAACCUUAAUUAUAGGUAAUUACUUUUUUUAUCUAAAUAGAAAGCACCAUAAUAAUAGUAAUAGCAAAAUCAAACCUAAUAACUAAAAUCAACUGAUGCUACAGAAGAUAAAAAGUAAGGAGGCGGAUGUUGUUGAACAUUAAUAUAUUCCAUUUUAUUGUUCUGCACAAAUAACAAGC